GAUCAGCUUCCUCAAUAGUUUUUAGUGUGACCUCAGAAAUGAGGAAGAUCAUACAUGCAGGAACUUGAAACUUGGUAAAGUUACGUUUUCACUGCAUGUUGAGGACCAAGACAAUAGGAGCCAUGGAAGGACGGCAAAAUCAGUGGAGAUUAAACAAUCUGCACUUGGUACUUCUCCUUCAUUUCUUUCAAACACAUUUCCUCUUUGCAGCAGGCGGCCACCAGCUCUGUUUUACCUGCGGGUGCUUUGAAUCAAGGGACCCCCAGGUCUAUUUCACAUUGGACGAUGAUGAAGUGUGUUAUAUGGAUUUUAAAAACAAGGCUGAUGUUUGGGCCAGCAAAACAGAAAGAUAUUGGCGUCGUGAAUGGAAUUACAAAGCCGCACAAAUCUGGCAAGUCCUGUGUAAAAAAGACAUAAAUCGAUGGAAACCAGACCCCGAUGUUAGAAGGACUAAAGACCCACCAGAGUUGGUUAUUUUCCCCAGAGGUGAAGUGAUAAAGGAUGAAGAGAACACCCUUGUGUGCUUCGUCUACAACUUUUUCCCUCCUGCGGUCACAAUCAGGUGGACCAAGAAUAACAAAGAAGUGUCAGUGGAAGAUCCCUUCAUCAAAACUAAAUCCAACUCUGAUGGGUUGUUCCACGUGUUCUCCUACCUGAACUUUGUUCCAAAGCAGGGGGACAUCUACAGCUGCACUGUGGAGCAUGAAGCACUGGAGGAGCCCAAGACAAGGAUUUGGGAAGUUGAAACGGAGGAGAGGAGUACGCGUCCGACUGUCUUAUGUGCAUUUGGUCUGAGUCUCGGGUUGCUUGGAGUUGCUGCAGGAAUCUUCCUUUUUGUGAGAGGAAGCCAGUUUUGUCACACUCCUCACAGUGCUGGUUAAUACAUAAGAUAAAGAAUUCAAAUAAAUAAAAAUAGUUCCCCCUAUGGUUUCAUUUGCACGUCACCAAAUAUAAAUUGGGCUAGUCACGUACUAUUACUUUAUGCAUUUCUACGGCAGUAGCUAAUUCUGGUUGCCUACAAAGUUUUUCCGAUUAAAUUAGAGUGCCCUGUUGCCGUGUUGCCUCUGCUCUAAUUGCUUGUAAAUGAAGCAUUUCUGUGUAUAUUUAUUGUAACUGUAAUGUUUUCUAAGAACUGUGAUUGGUUCAAACAAACAAACAAUAAAAAACAUCCACAAAUGCACCCCUAGUAAUCAAUGUAGAGAAAGAAACUGAUUAGACGAGAUUAAGAAAUUUGUUCUCAUGUUUAAACUUUCCAUGAUUGACCAGGGCAGUCAAACUUUUUUUACAGUAGCAGGCCUCAUAC